AUGAUUGAAAGAUUUGUGGAGCUCGAAGAGCCAAUUCGUACAACCAUGGCUCUAAUAGAACAUGACUUACCAGUUAUUUCCAUCGAAGAAUGGCAAUUUAUGAAAGAGCUUGUGGAUAUACUUAGGCCUUUGGAGGACGUCACUAAAGUUAUGAGUGGACAAAACUAUGUCACUGCAUCGUCUGUGAUCAUUUUGACUGAUGGACUCUUAGAUAUUUACAAAGAAUUGCAAUAUAAAGAGUUCAGCACAAUUUCAAAAGCUGUGAUAUUUUCGAUUAUAGAUGGAAUUAAUUCUAGAUUAGGAAACCUGGAAAGCAGCAAUUCGUUAGUUAUAACAACAUUUUUAGACCCAAGGUUUAAAAAUAUAGCAUUUUCUAAUGACGAUGUAACGGAAAGAGCUAAAAAACUUAUUACAUCACUUAUAACAAGCAAAAUCAAAAACAAAAAUGAUUUAUCGGAACAAGCUCAACAAGAGGAAGAGACUGCCCAAGUGGAGAAGAAAAAGACCAUCAAUAUGGAGGAGCUUUGA